AUGGCGCAGACGUGCCUUUGUCUGUCUAUUUGUUUCUUUCUUUAUGUCUGCCAUGCUACAGGUAGUCCGUUAGUGCAAACCCCAUCGGGUCGGAUCGUGGGAUCAUUGAUGACCUCACGUCGGGGAAGAACCAUUCACGCGUUUCGAGGUAUCCGAUACGCCAAGCCACCAGUUGGAGAAUUACGUUUUCAGCCUCCGGUUCUAAUAACUCAAUAUUCAGAGGAAGUAAAUGCCACAACAGAGGGCCCUGCUUGUCCUCAACCCGCCGACCCGGGGUAUUAUCUAGAUGAGGAUUGCUUGAGACUGAAUGUCUACACACCAGGAAACAGAAAUGUGUCGAGCGCAACGAACCUACCCGUCAUUGUAUAUAUCCACGCGGGUGGAUUUUACUCAGUAUCCGGUCGAUCCGAUGUUGCAGGACCCCACUAUCUGCUUGACAAGGACCUUGUAUUGGUCACCAUAAACUAUCGGCUCGGUUCUUUAGGAUUUUUAAGUACCGGUGAUGCUGAAGCACCCGGCAACAACGGGUUCAAAGAUCAGGUGACCGCACUCCGAUGGGUUCAAAGGAACAUUGCGUCCUUUGGCGGGGACCCCAACUGCGUAACGAUAUCUGGCUACAGCGCUGGAGGAAUCAGCGUGGCCUUACAUACUGUUUCUCCUAUGUCAAAAGGUCUGUUCCAUCGCGCUGUGUCGAUGAGUGGUUCACCUUUCUCCCAAGUUCCCUUCAAAAAGGAUCUUCUAUCACUAGCCGUGAAGCAAGCGCGGCUAGUCGACUGUCCAAUAACUUCAACCAAAGCACUCGUUGACUGUCUCAAGACAGUGCCGUGGGAAAAACUUGGGAACUCGCUGGAUGGAUUCCGGGAAUUCUCAAUUGACCCUAUCCUAAUUUGGACACCUGUAAUUGAGGCUGAGUACGGUCAAGAGCGGUUUCUCUCUGAACAUCCUUUACAUACUAUUAGUUCAGGAAAACUGAACUCCGUACCAUUAAUCGUCAGUCAGACAAGAGAUGAGUUCUUUUGGGAGGCAUUCUUGGUAUUCGAGAACGCAAUAUACACUUCCCUGAUCAACUCGGACUGGUACAGCGUGUCUCGUUCUGCGUUCCUACUUCCUGAACCGUCUGAUCACGCAGCUGAUGUACUGCGGGAGUUCUAUUUCAAGAACAGAACUCUUGGAAAUAACACCCGCGACGGUCAAGAUCUUGGAAAGUUGUACGGCGAUGGUGUCAUCGGUUUUGGUGUCCACAGAUUGGCGAAUCUCAUGGCAUACCACAACAAGCAGCCAACCUACUAUUACGAGUUUGAUUACAUUGGUAACCAUAGUCACUACCAGGAUCCUACAACCGGAAAACCUGUAGGAGUUGCUCACCACGACGAGCUGAUAUACCUGUUCUCACUCCCGAUCGGGUUUGACGAUAUUCCGCUUUCAAGUUCCAGUGAUUCAAUGAUGGUGGAUAAGCUGACGAACAAUUUCUACAAUUUCGCACGUACAGGAGAUCCAAACCCCUUACUGGACACAUCUACACCGCCAGUCUGGCCCCCAAUAAAGCCAGACAGACGGACAUACCUACGCAUCACGGAACAUUACUCUUUGGGACAAAAUCUGUUCGAAGAUAGAUUCCAUGUGUGGGAUCAGUUAUAUCCCAUAGAUUAUAGUUUGAAACACUGA